CAAAGAUGGCGGCAUCUGGGCGAGGUAUUCUUUCCAGUGAAUCUGAUUCCGAACAAAACCCUUGGGAAAAUCAAGAAUCUACCAAUUCUCAUCGAAAAACUAAAAAUAUAUUCGACGACGAUGUCAGUUUUGACAGAGCAAAGAAAAUCAUCCUUAAUGACCUGAAAGAUGAAGACUUUGAAAACGACAUUGACGAAAUCGGUUGGAAUGAUGAACCAGUACCGCCGUCCAAAACAUUUCCGGGUUCCUCAACUUCUUCAGAACCCAAGGUGAACCUUGACAAUCUUGGCACCCCUUCUUACACAUCACCCAGGCUAGCUGCCAGUACACUUUCUGUAACCAAGAACACAAAUCCAGUGAAAGCAUUAUUGACACACAGUCGGUCACUUAGCAGUGGAGGAACGUUUAAGCCAUUUUCACUUAGUGAGAAUUUAAGUAGAGGAGUGAGUGAUCCAAGCAUUGAAGAAGUUGUGCAGCUAGAGUCAAAUCGAUCGUUUGGGUCUACUGACAUAAAUAAGUUACAGGCAGAAAUACAAACUUUACAGCGAAUCAAUUUACGGGCAAAGCGUGAUCGUUGGUCCAAAUUACCAGUAGAGAAUACCAUUAAGAGAAUGCUGAAAGGGGAGGCAUGUACUUUAGAAUUCUACAAAUCUUUAGAUGAUAAAUUAGCGUUGAUCGACGAAUCGGUAAAAGUGCAUGAUGGUAACUGUAUAAUAGCGACCGUUUUAUUUCUAAAGAGAACUGUAAAGGCAUCAAUAUUUAAUUUUGAAGUAUCCAGAAGGCCUGUCGCAUUAAAUCACUAUUUAAAUUACUUACGGACCAAGUUAGAUUACCAAGAACUGUCUAUGAUGUUGGAAAUGACCGGCAGAACGGAAGAAGCAGCCAUGUUACAGUAUAAAGUAGCCUCGAACUCGACAUUAGGUACCUCCAAAACAAGUGCUUUACGUAAUGUUUUAAGGAGUCACUUCAGUAUGGACCAACAGCUUGCAUCAGAAGCAUCACUAGUGGCUGAACAUAUAGAUCUUUUAGAAAGACAAUCACCCAUCGAAGAAUCAGAUGCCAGAGAGGAGGCUAGUGGCAGGAAUCAAAUGUUCCGUAACAUUCCUAGAAGAAGAUCAAUAUUUGAAAUGCCACUUAUUACUACCUUAUAUUAUUGUUGUUUAUAUCAUUAUCAUUUAAGUGAAAAUUCAUUGGCCAGUCCAGUCGCCAUUCGAAAAAGGCAUCACAUCUGUGAUAAACAAUUUCUGUACUGUGCACUAGGAGCUCAGGCAAGAUUACAAAAAUGGAGAACCAUUGAAGAACUGCUUACUACAAAGAGUUGGUUUGGAGGAACCAAGAUGAAAUCAGCAAUUGGUUGGGAUAAAGUUGUCAAUAUCUUAAAUAAACAUAAUGCUCCUCUUGAUCUUUUACAUAAAUAUUUGAAUUUUAUUGAUGAUUUAGAACUUAGGGCCGAAGUAGCCAAGAAAAAUUCUAUAGUUUUAAGUCAACCAUGAUAACAUGAUUCUCAAGUGACCACUUUACUUAAAGAUACAUUAUAGGAGAUUAGAUAAAGAGCUGGCAGUUCUCACUAUACUAGCUCAAAAAUAGAUAAUGUAAAAUGAAAAUAUUGAAAAUUUCAUUCAAAUUACUUCAUUCUGAUCCACGGUAUCACUGUUUGUAGUUUGGACAAGAUGUGUGAAUUGUGGUAACCAGGGCACUGGUAGAUUCGAGACUUAGCCUCGCUUUCCCAUUUUUAAAUAGCGAACCGUUCUAAAAUAAUUAAAAUCUUGAGUAUCCGAUGCCACGGAGAGUUGAUUAUGGUCUUUAUUUUGUUAAUUAAUGUCUAAUUAAUAAUUUAUAUAACAUUUCAGGCUUAAAGAAAGACCUGUAAUAGGCAGAUUUAGCUCUUGCAUAAUGUAUGUUUAAAUACAGAUUUAAUAUUUGUAAGUUUUUAUUCGAUUCGAUGGAAAUUAAAUCCAGAUCUGAAAGCAGCAUUCCACUUAUAUAGUAGUUAUGAAACUGCAAAGUUUUAGUCUCACAUUAUACCAAAUUAUUAUUUAUUUGUUAGCAAGGGUAAAUUCAGGAAUUUUGGCAGGAGGGGGUAUGGCAGGCUCCUGUUAUGGAAAUUUGACAGUUGACAAUGCGUGAUGCCAUCAUCGUCUCUAAAUUACGUAGGCAUACAUACACAUUUCAUUGAUGCAAAGCAUUAAUUGUGAAUGAUAUCACACAUGUCUAUAUCAUUAUUUCGCGCUUUCAUUGUCAAUUCCGUCCCGCCAUCUGAUGAUAAAGGAUAAAGCACACCGUUGCACGUUCUCAUAAAGUGUUGUUUUACAAUUUUAUUUUUGUUGCUGAACAGGGUGGGGUUUGGACACCCCCCCCCCUUCUCUCUGGAUCCACCCCUGGUUAGAUAAGAGCAACACUCGGUUAAUAUAGCCUACUCCAUUUACCUGUACUUAAAAAAAAAUGUUUUUGAAUAUUGUUGUCAUGGGUUCAUUUUACAAGUGAUCUUUUUUUGUUUUUUGUUUAUUUUUUUUUUAAAUAUUUGUAUUCAAUUUGCAGUAACUAGGUACUAGAUUAUCCAAAAGAGCUUAUUAAUAGAUCCAUUAUUCUUCAAGCCCUUUGGCAUGAUGCUGUACAAGUGAUCUAAGCCUUGAAAUUUUUAUAAGUAAAAAGGUAGACCCACAGAAGAUAAUUUAAUAAAACAGGUUCUCUAUGAAUAGGUUCUGUAUGAAUAGGGGUAACCAGAGACAUUAAGCAAGUCCAAUGCCCAAAGAACUGGGCCAAACUGGGAGCCUGUAUAACCACAAUACCCAAUCAGGACUCUAUAUGGUUGACAAGAGUGAGUCCAGUCAUUCAAGUCUUAAAUUCACAA